AUGCAGAUCGAAUACAACGUGUUUUCGUAUAGGAAUGAUGACAAGAUCGCCUGUGCUGGGUUUUGCACAGGGCGCAUUUUUGCAUCGCUUCCACACAAGAUUGUUGAGUGGAGUCGAACAGAAAGGGCAGUUGCCUGUGUGCAUGAAAUAAGCGAGGAGGUGGUUGGCAUGGCAAGCAUGAGUGAUGGAUGUAUUGCAUUGCUGUCGAAGAGCUCUGUAUGGCUGUUGCUUGGGAGUGAGAUCAGGUACGUGAUGGAAAAGCCUCCUUUGUGCGGAGUAGUUGUGUAUCGUGAAAGGCUGCUGCUUAUUGAUGAGCAAAGCAUCACGAGUAUGUGUGUGCAGGAAAGAAGCACCAAGAUCAGCCGAGCCAAGAUGAGGAACAGAAGCGGAAUGUGCACAUGUGGAGCGGAGUCUGAAAACGGAUUGCUUCUAGCAUUUGAGAAUGGAGAUGUGGUGGAGAUCAGCGCACAGGCGAUGGCAGACAUACUUGAUGGAAGAGCAGCAGAGGUGGAUACCGAGUGCCUCAGAACCAUGAUUCGCUUGAGAGAGCCUGUUAUCUCGGUUGGGGUUCUGAACCACCUACUGGUUGUGGCGCUGUUCAACAGAAAGAUGCUGACAAUUAAUCUCAAGUCGGGCGAGGUAUCAUACACAGAGCUUGCAUAUGAAGUAAAAUUUUCGGCGCUGUGGAACGGCAUGAUCGUUGUAAGCGACAGCAGGGAAAACAUCAUACUGAUGGAUGAGCAUCUAAAGAUUGCAUAUAGCAAGCGCAUGAGAGAUGAAGUGUGCAGUCUUGUCUCCAGCGGCACCGAUUUGAUUGUUGGAUUCUCAACAGGCACGGUGAAAGAGUGCAGGCUGAGCCGUUUUGAUUGCACAAGCAUUCCGGCUGACACGGGCAUCCAAAGGAUCAGUGCGAAUGCCGGCAUCCAGGCAGAAGCAGACGGCUGCUUACGUAUGCUCUGCAGCGCAAUAAAGUACCUUUAG